AUGGCACUCGAUCUCUUUCAACUGUUGGUCAUUGAAUGGCCUUUCCCAGCUCUUGCACUUGGAUUACUCGGAGUCGCUUGGGUUCUCUACAAUCUAUCGCGAGUGCAUCAUACAUCUCAACGCACCACCUACUACUGGUGGCUUCCUCUCUUCUUUUACAUGAUUCAUCAAUUUGAAGAACAUGGAAUUGAUGUGUAUGGAAACAAGUAUGCUUUCAAAGGUCAAUUAUGUGCCUUGCUAGAGAAGACGACCACUGAAAAAAGGGAAUGUGCUGCUUCUGAAUGGAUUAUUAUGAUCGUUAAUUGUGGAACUGUUUGGAUCAUGUUGACAUUGGUUGCACUAUUACAAUCUCGAACACGAAGGACUUUCACCUUAUUGAAAGCAAGUGGAAUUGGAUCUAUUCUUGUGAACGCUUGGAAACACAUUGUUGAAGUGCCAACAACUGGUUGGACAUAUAAUUCAGGACUUGUCACUGGUGUCACGAUGUUUUUGCCAUUGGCUUUGUUUUUAAUGUAUUUAGAAAUUAAGGAAAAUGGUGGAUUUUCAAAUGUGAGCUAUGUGUUGAAAGUGAUUUUUUGGAGCGGAGUGAUGGGAUUCCUUUCACAUGCUGUUCUGAUUGGUUCGUUGGUCAUGGCCAUGCAGGGACAUUUCCAACAUGUGAAUCAAGAAGCUGUGUUGACCUGGAUUCAAUUAUUGAAUGGAGUAAUUCCAUUGCUUGGAGAUGUCGUGUUAGGUUCCUAUCCAUCCAAUGAGAAAGAAAAAGAAUUGCAAAAGAAUAAGUAA